UCUGUUUUUACCAUCGAUGACCACAUAUAAGGCUUACGUUCCAUUGUACUAAUCAUGAAGUUGUUGUUGUAGUUAUUAUACCCGUACCGUUGCGUGGCAAACGUUUUUAGAGACUCGACCAAAGAAAUUCGGCCAGCUCUCCCUUUCAUUUAGCGGUAACACCUCUUGCUAGACCACUUCAAGAUUGGUCAUGGCGAAGCAGAUGGGCCUGGAAGACCAGGAUGGAGCCCAUGGUGAAGAUGAUGCGCCUCCAGCUUACGAAGAGGUUGUAGAAGAGGUAUUGGAUGCCACGCAAGUGAUAGACAAUGGACGAAUAGACGUUAAAUUAAAUUCGAGGCUCGCGAGAACACUCUCCAAGCUCAUGGUCAAGAGCGAGGAGGUUUCUCAUGCACCACCAACUUAUUUGCCACAGCCAACGAAGGCUAGCGUCUCGCUGAAUAUCGUCAUCCAGGUAGUUGGAAGUCGAGGGGAUGUUCAGCCGUUCGUUGCGCUAGGAAAUGAGCUCCAGCGGAGUGGACACCGCGUACGACUCGCGACCCAUGACACGUUCAAGUCCUUUGUGACCGAAGCUGAUUUAGAGUUCUUCCCAAUCGGGGGAGAUCCCGCAGCUUUGAUGGCAUAUAUGGUUAGGAACCCUGGACUUUUACCGAGCAUGGAUGCUCUGCGCUCCGGAGAGAUCCAGAAAAAGAGAGCAAUGAUGGAGGAAAUGAUGGAAGGAUGCUGGAAGGCAUGCAUUGAGCCAGACCAGGAUUCCGGUAACCCUUUCGUGGCAGAUGCAAUCAUUGCGAAUCCGCCGAGUUUUGCCCAUGUCCACUGUGCGGAAGCUCUAGGGAUUCCGGUCCACAUCAUGUUCACUAUGCCUUGGACGGCCACAGAAGCAUUUACGCACCCUCUGGCAAAUAUAAAGACCACGAAUUAUGAUGAGAAGCUGACGAACCGCUUGUCGUAUGCAAUUGUAGACUGCAUGAUGUGGCAAGGCCUGGGUGAUAUAGUGAACAGUUGGCGGUAUAGACAUCAUUUAACGCCAGUGCCGUUUAGCGAAGGGCCAUUUCUCUCAGACUUGCUUAAGAUACCAACAACAUAUUGCUGGUCUCCUGCAUUAGUACCGAAGCCUUUAGAUUGGCCAGAUCACAUUGAUGUUUGCGGAUUUUUCUUUCGCGAUGCGCCUAAAUAUUCACCUCCGUCAGAUAUCGAUGAAUUUCUUCACGCUGGUCCUGCUCCGGUUUAUAUUGGGUUUGGAAGCAUUGUCAUUGAUGAUCCGGAAGCGUUUACAAAUUUAAUCCUAGAGGCAGUCGAGGCGGCUGGCGUUCGAGCGAUUAUAUCAAAAGGGUGGAGCAAACUGGGAGAUACAGUGACGAGAGUCCCAAAGGAUGUUCUAUUCAUUGGAGACUGUCCACAUGAAUGGCUCUUCCAACAUGUUGCUGCGGUUAUACACCAUGGCGGAGCCGGAACAACAGCAUGCGGUCUAGCAAACGCGUGCCCAACAAUGAUCGUGCCAUUUUUUGGCGAUCAACCAUUUUGGGGAGCUAUGGUUGCGACCGCUGGUGUGGGGCCUGAUCCCAUCCCACACAAGUUGCUCACAGCUGGAAAUUUGGGCCAGGGGAUCAAAUUUUGUCUAUCAAAAGAUGCAGUACAUGCUGCAAAGGAAGUCUCAGCUCGAAUGUAUAACGAGUCGGGGGUCCGGACUGCAGUCGAGUCAUUCCAUCGUCAUUUGCCAACGGAGGCUUUAUCUUGCGAUCUUUUACCUCAAUAUGCAGCAGUUUGGCAGACUAAGCUUGCCAACAAGUCGCUGAAGCUAUCUAAGAUUGCUGCUGAAAUGUUAAUCGCAGAGCAUCUCAUUUUAGCCAAAGACCUCAAAGUUUACCAAUCGAAGCCAAUACACAUUGUUACUCGACGUUGGGAUCCUAUUACGGCUGGUUCGUCCUCAACUAUUGGAGUAUACACUGGUAUGGUCUCUGGCGCCACUGGUAUAUUCUCAAAGCCAUUCGAUGAAUACAAGCGUUCGCGUAAGGACGGUUCAUCAUCCUCAGGUGCCAAAGUAGCUGGUAAUAUGGCCCUAGCAUCGGCUAAAAGUGUUGGUCGCGUCAACUCGAGCCUGUUCAAGGGAACAAUGAUUGAUGUGCCGCUUGCAAUUACGGAAGGCUUACGGGCAACGCCUAAACUUUAUGGGGAAUCUGUGCCGGAUCACGAGCCCAUUACUGGUUGGAAAAGCGGCGCAAAGGUUGCGGGAAAGGAGUUUGUGGAAGGCGUCGGUGGAGGCCUUAGCGGCUUCUUCGUGAAACCUUACGAGGCGGCUAAAAAAGAUGGUACAAAAGGCUUUUUUGUUGGAUUGGGGAAGGGGACAUUAGCGCUUCAUACGAAACUAGGUUCAUCUGCUCUUGGUCUGUUUGCAUAUCCUAGCCAAGGCAUCUACAAGUCAAUUUAUGCAUCAACUCAUGGUGGAACGAGCAAAAAUAUAGCGAUAGCUCGCCGGGAAGAAGGCUCUUAUUUACUUCCAAGGCAUGAAAUUGAUUUGCGACGACUUUUAGAGGCGUGGGAGAGAUGCGGUGGAAAGUACGCUGGCACCUAGGUUAGAGCAUCAAACUCAAAAUAUUACCUGUAUAUUAGUAGUGAGGAAUAGGCACCGAACAAAAUACCUAUACAAGCGUUCAAAUCCA